UAUUAACUCUCAAAUACUGAUAUUGGUAUCGGUUUCAUAAGUCCAGUACCAGUUUGGAUUUAAUUUCUGGGCUUUUAAUUUUUAUUUUUAAAACACUGUUCACCUGCAUGAUGCAUAAUUAGGAUUCCACAAAAAUAAUGGUCAGAGGCAAAGUUUCCAUGUCAAAAAAUUAAUUUAUUUCAGGAAGGAAUAGAAUUUUUUCGAAGUGGAGAAUUGUAUGGAAUAAACCAUUUUUGCUAAUGGAUAAAUUACUGUUUAGCCACUGUGUACCAAAUUAACUAAAAAGUAGACGCUUACUAAUCUCACUGCAUCAUGAGAACGUGCACUCAGAAUGUAGAGAUUGUCAGGGGAUUGACAUGAUCAAAUGGUCCAGCUGAAUUUCUGGGCAGGGUCAUUUAUCUGACGUAAAACAUUUUUAUGUGAGCAUGCCAGGAGCGGUGGUGCAUAUGUAGACAUUCUUACCCAAUUUCCUGAACGACUGCACGGUCUGUUAAUCCCCAAUCAGGAGCACUGGACUCUUAAAAGAAAGAAAUGUGAGUCAUUGUAAGUGAAGAUGUUUGUUAUUGUGUUUGUCAACCGCUAUAAUAAUAGAAAAUGUGUCUUGAUAGGAGAGGUUAAAGUUGUUAACACUGUACAUUAAUAAAUACUUAAAAUGUCCUUACAUCUGCAUACAGCUACUUUAUAGUGUGUUAUAAAUGAUUUACUACAUGCUAAAAUGGGAUGGGGGGGUGAAGUAAAGUUCUACUGUUAACUCAAACACAUCAAAAUUCAACAACCAGUUAGAUUUUUGAACAUCUGUAUACCAAAAUAUUUCAGGGUUUUCUUAAGCCAUUUCAUGAAAAAUUGGCACUUUUUUUAAAGACUAUAUAAGACAAUACACUAACAGUGAUACCAUGUGGUUAUAGAUAGAACAGAUUUAUGUGGUCUUAAGAAAAAAAAAAGGAAGAAUGUGGGAGGGGGUGCUAAAUUUCUAAACUCUAAAUGAAAUACAGAGGAAACUACGUAAUUUAGGCUAGCUAGAGAUAAUUUUCUCUAUAGUAUGCUUGUUGGAUGGGGACUUUGUUGUCAAUUAUCAACAAACAACACCAUUUCAAGAAAACCAAUAGAUACAGUUAUAAAGAAAUCAUUUAAAAUAUAGUAGAGUGAGGGGUUGACUGCAAGGUGUAGUGAAAGAGGCAUAGGGAGGCUCUGCCUUGAAUAUUUUAAUUGCAUUUGGAAGGAACAGGGACAGUGAUAGAACUAUUACACCAAAACAACACUGCAGCUCUCAUGUCCCGUCACAGUGAAGUUUGAAGGAACCAGAAUAGAAGCCAUUCAGGGAAAGGGCUGGCUUUGGUCAGCAUAAGCCUCUGGCUCAUGUUUGUGCCACAGUGUUGAUUAUGAGUGCCGAGAUGGCAAGUGAUGAUAAGUUCAUUACCGAGAGAACGUAAAUCACUUAAAUGCAAUUAUUAGCUUGCAAGAUAACAUUUUCUACAACUAUCUUAUGUCCAUAUCUAUUAAUGUGUGACCACAUGUUUUAUCCAUCCACUUUGUGUCAGUUUUGAGUUUUUUUUGUGUAGUUGUAACUGAUUUUUUUACAUACACAGUCACACUAGAGGGGCUGAUCUGUGAGCCCGAAUGGUCUUCUGUUUCUGUGAAUGGGUUACUGGGGCUUUAUUAACUCAGCCUGUUUGCUCCACUGUGAAGACAUCCGGUUUGUGAUGAACUUGUGGACCCCUACCUGUGAAUGGGUAUGCACCAUUAUUAGCUCCACUUUCACAUCCAUGGCCUUAGUCAGUGUUCAGCUGAUGCCUUUGCAGACCCUGCUGCGAUCUAUCGAGGCAACUAUGACCACGUGAAAGCUCAAACCAAUUAUGGCCCCUGGCAGUGGCUUACGAUCAGGCUCAUCUUGUGUAGAGGGAUUUCUGUAAAUUGGAUCAGGCUGCUUACAUAGGCUUAGCAUGACGUACUGCAACUUUGAGUUUAAUCAUGAGGAUCCUCGGCAAUCCUCCACCUCUCAGAGAGAACAGAACAUCAAGAUUAGCCUCACCUGUGUGUUAAGGAAGGAAAACCGGCAAAAGUUAUCGAAAAUAAAGCUUUAUGAAAUUUGAAGUUUCUGUCACAAUGGGAGAGGAGAUAGCUUUGAAGAAAUAACACUCCUGUCCUCCUGGGUCCUUCAUCUCUGAUUUCUUUCUGUGGGAUGGAUUACCGCCUGACCUGAUUCUUCAGUCCUGUUGGACCAGCCAGAGGAGACCCUGAUAACAAAGAGACAGGGAAACUAGGACUGCAGGUUGGCGCAUUCAAGAGUAUUUAUCUAAAGUAAGGGGCAAACUGGAGCUCCUGCUGAUCUAGAUCAUCAUUUGACUCUCUUCAUUCUUCACAGGCAAGGACACAACUCAGAUUGAACAAUGGCUUUGAUGUUGAUCAAGUUUGAUCUGAAAAAGCGAGUGAAGCUCGCUCAGACUGUCUGGUUCAUGUACUGGUUCGCUGUAAUGGCCGGCGUGCUGGUAUUCAGCAUGGGCCUGUUCUUUAAGAUCGAGCUGCGAAAGCGCUCAGAACUUAUGGACAACAACGAGAGCCACUUCUUGCCCAACCUGCUUAUAUUCAUGGGUCUACUAGCCUGCGGCAUCAAUGCCUUUGGAGGCAAAGUCUGCUACGACUCACUGGACCCUACCAAGUUUGCAAAGUGGAAGCCCAUGUUGAAGACCUUCUUGGUGUUCUGCGUGGGGUUCAACGCCCUGCUGCUUGUGACGGCCCUGCUGUGUUUCUUUAUGAGGAUCCCUCUGCAAUUCACCCUGGCUGAGGGGCUGAGGAACGGCAUGAAGUACUACAAGGACACAGACACACCGGGACGCUGCUACAUGAAGAGGACCCUGGACCUGAUGCAGGUGGAGUUUCGUUGCUGCGGGAAUGACAACUACAGAGAUUGGUUUGAGAUUCAGUGGGUCAGCAACCGCUACCUGGACUUCAGUUCAAAAGAAGUCAAAGACCGCAUUGGGAGCAACGUGGAUGGCCAGUACCUGAUGGACGGAGUCCCGUUCAGCUGCUGUAACCCCAGCUCCCCCAGACCUUGCAUCCAGCUCCAGAUGACCAACAACUCUGCCCAUUACAGCUACGACCACUACACCGAGGAGCUCAACGUGUGGAAGCGCGGCUGCCGUGACGCCCUGCUGUCCUACUAUGGAGGCAUGAUGAACACCAUCGGAGCCCUGGUGGUACUGAUCACGAUGCUGGAGGUUGCAGUGACCGUGGGCCUGCAGUACGUCAACAGCUCCCUGUCCACCCUGGCUAACCCCGAGGACCCAGAGAGCGAGAGCGAGGGCUGGAUCCUGGAGAAGACAGUGAAGGAGACAUUCACCGACAUCAUGGCCAAAAUGAAGGCUAUGGGCAAAGGCAGCAAGGUGGAGGAGGGGGAUGAGGCAGCCAUUGCAACAGUGAGCUGAACUAACGCCUCCUUCAAAAACUGACACCAUUCCCACCUGAAGAGGAGAAGAGGAGGACGUGUUAGAUCACUGCUUUUUUCUACCAACAUUCAUUAUGUAGACACUACCCCCACACACACAUAUUUGGCUACGAACUCCUUUUAAACGGACUCCUUACAAAUGGACUCCUUGCAUAAAUAAUACUGUAUGCUUACAUAGAGAGAGAUUAUGAGUAGGAUGAGUUAUGUCCUGGUUUUUAAUUUUGGUUUUCCCCAACUAAACAAGCGCCGUCCUUUGCUUCACAGCAUACAGAUUUCCUGUUUUGGUUUCUGAUAUUCAUUGGAUUUUGAUUAUUUUUUCCAAGGAAAAAAAUGAUAAUACAGGUAAAUGUGAUAAGUAUUGAUAAAUCUCAGAAGCUUUGCAAUCACAAGUAAGUAUGUAAUUUUUCCUCUGUAAUGUUGUCCGAUAGUUUGGUGGGGAUGGUGGUUGCCAAGCAGCUUCCCCUUCUCAUGAAGCCAGAGGUGCAAGAUAUUGACAGACAAAGAAACACUGUGUUUUAUUUAUGUUGACCUGUCUGUAGGGCUUUGGCUUGUAGCUGAAACUGUAAAGAGACAAAGCAAACAAAAUUAAACUCCCCCACUCACCUCUUUUUAUACUCUAGUCCACCUUAUUCCACAACGAAGACUGGAGAAGCUCCCGAUAUGGAGUAAAAUUAGGAAUUGAAUGAAUCGGUAUGAAUUAUGCAUGAAUGUUGAGGUGCAUGGUCAAAAAGUGAGGCAUGGGCAUCGGGAGGUGAGCUCAGAGAGAAGCAGGGGCAACUCCAAACCUGUGGAGGACGACUGAAAUUGGCAGCUAAAUCUUGGCUCCUGACCCCUGUACUGUAGUCUCAGAUACUCUUUGAUGUUUCCCUUGUGCAUUUGGUAUCUGUAUAUUGAUGAAAAUGUAUGUAUAUUCUAACAACUGGGUUGCUGUCUUUGUACAUAGUGUAGAAAUGAUGAAAACAAAUUUAACUUUUUUAAAAAUAAUGUAAUUAAGCUAAAUC